AUGGUCUCGCAGAAAAAGAAGAGUGGUGCUGUGAGCCACCAGUGGGGAAAGUAUGGAAUAAUCAACGAAACCGAUUUGUACACUAAGGAGCAGGAGUUCCGCGCCUGGCUCGUUGAGGAGCGCAAGAUCAACCCAGAGACAAUCUCCAAGGAGCAGACGAAGAAAGAAUUCGCCCAGUUCGUGGAGGAUUAUAACACUGCAACGCUUCCACACGAGAAGUUCUACCACAUGGAAGCAUACGAGCGGCGCAUGACGGCGUUGCGCUCGGGUGAAUUCGUCCCACCUCCAGACGACGCGUAUGAUCCCGCAGCGGACAUGCGGGCCCUCGAGAGCACGCACAAGCGCCGUGCCAUCGAGCGCGAAACGUACAUGAACAAGGAUCAGCUGCAGGAGCUUCGCCGCGUGCAGAACGAGCGCAUAGAGGCUGGGAAGAUGAAGCUGUUAGGAAUGGAUAUCAAACAGUCCAUGGGUGUGCGCAUGGACGGCAGCAUGUUUGACGGCUGA